AUGACUCAGCCGUCGGCAUCCUCUGCUGCACCGGCAGCGGCAGCAGCUGCCACCACCGGCUACGAGCUGCCGUGGGUAGAAAAGUAUCGCCCCAUGCGACUCGACGAUGUGGUCGGCAACAGGGACACCAUCGAACGACUCAAAGUGAUUCAGAAAGACGGCAACUGUCCGCAUCUGCUCAUCUCUGGUCUGCCCGGUAUCGGCAAGACCACGUCGGUUCUGUGUCUCGCUCGUGCUCUGCUGGGCGAUGCGUACAAGGAAGGCGUGCUUGAGCUCAACGCCUCGGACGAGCGAGGUGUCGAUGUGGUGCGCAACAAGAUCAAGACAUUUGCUCAGAAAAAGGUGUCGCUCCCACCGGGCAGGCACAAGAUCGUCAUCCUCGACGAGGCCGACAGCAUGACACCCGCUGCCCAGCAGGCUUUGCGUCGAACCAUGGAGAUCUACUCCAACACCACUCGCUUCUGCUUCGCCUGCAACCAGAGCAACAAGAUUAUCGAACCCAUUCAGUCGAGAUGCGCCAUCCUGCGCUACGGCAAAGUGAGGGAUGAGCAGAUCCUCAAGCGCUUGCUCGAGAUUUGCGAGAUGGAAAGCGUCGAGUACUCGGACGAAGGUCUGGCGGCCAUUAUUUUCACUACCGAGGGCGACAUGCGACAGGCCAUCAACAAUCUGCAGUCCACCUGGACCGGUCUCGGCUUUGUGAGCCCCGACAAUGUGUUCAAGGUGUGCGAUCAGCCGCAUCCCUUCCUCAUCCGAAAACUCUUGCUCUCGUGCAAGACCGGCGAUAUCGACGACGCCCUGGAGAAGCUCGACGAGAUUUGGUCCAAAGGCUAUGCGGCUGUCGACAUUGUCACGACCCUCUUCCGCGUGGUAAAGACGCUCGACGGCAUUCCAGAAGCUACCAAGCUCGAGUUUAUCAAGGAAAUCGGCUGGACUCAUAUGAGGAUCCUCGAAGGGGUUGCCACCGUCGUGCAGCUCGGCGGUCUCAUUGCGAGGCUUUGCAAGCUCAGUAUGGAUCCGAAACAGUUCCAGGUAUAA